GUCCGGUGUUGAGAGAGAUCGCAGGCCGGGACGGGUGAGAGCUGCCGGGGGAGAGUGCGCCACAAUGAAUGUGCUAUCAGUCUCCUCAUCCACAGCUUUUCCGGCCAGGUCCGGCCGUCGCCGGCGGCUUCCACCAUCUAGGCUUCCGCCCACCCCAUCCCCCUCUCCUCCUCCGUUUCCGAGCGUUGUGUCGGCAGUUAAAACGGUAGAGAAGACCUUGGAGCCUCAAAUCAAAAAAGAUCCGGCCGCCGGAACGAGUACCGGUCCUCGUAAGGUGGCCGAUGACCACCGGAACACCACUCGCCCGCCAACUAUUGCGCGCCCCAAACCGGCUUCUCUUCGACCUCGAAAACCGCCCUCCUUAAUGGCUACCGUCUGCAACGAUCUCGAGGAGCUCAUCCACACCUUCAUUGAUCCCCCCGUCCUCCGCCCUUCCGUCGACCCCCGGCGCGUGCUGUCCAACAACUUCGCCCCCGUCGACGAGCUCCCCCCGACGCCCUGCCCCGUGGUCCGCGGCGCCAUCCCGCGCUGCCUCGCCGGCGGCGCCUACAUCCGCAACGGGCCAAACCCCCAGCACCUGCCCCGCGGCCCCCACCAUCUCUUCGACGGCGACGGGAUGCUGCACUCCCUCCUCCUCCCCGCCAGCGGCGACGGGACCGACCCUGCCGUCCUCUGCUCCCGCUACGUCCACACCUACAAGUACCUCCUGGAGCGCAACGCUGGCGCGCCCGUCUUCCCCAGUGUCUUCUCGGGCUUCCACGGCUUCGCCGGGCUGGCGCGCGGCGCGGUGACGGCGGCGAGGGUGCUCACCGGUCAGAUGAACCCGAUGGAGGGAGCGGGGCUGGCAAACACCAGUUUAGUCUUCUUCGGCGAUCGCCUCUACGCGCUGGGCGAGUCCGACUUGCCGUACGCCGUUAGGGUGUCGCCGGAGGACGGGGAGAUAUUCACACUGGGGCGGUGCGACUUCGACGGCCGUCUCUUCAUGGGGAUGACCGCCCACCCCAAGAAGGAUCCAUCAACCGGGGAGCUAUUCGCCUUCCGAUACGGCCCGGUUCCUCCCUUCCUCACCUACUUCCGGUUCGACGCCGAGGGGAACAAGGCGGGGCCCGACGUGCCCAUCUUCUCGGUGCAGCAGCCGUCGUUCCUGCACGACUUCGCCGUGACGGGGCGGUACGCUGUCUUCCCGGACCUCCAGAUCGUGAUGAAGCCGAUGGACAUGGUGCUGGGGGGCGGCGCGCCGGUGGGGUCGGACAACAGCAAGGUGCCGCGCAUCGGCGUGCUGCCGCGGUACGCCACGUCGGAGGCGGAGAUGCGAUGGUUCGAGGUGCCGGGGUUCAACCCGGUGCACGCGGUGAACGCCUGGGAGGAAGAAGGGGAUCUGGUGCUGGUGGCGCCCAACGUGCUGUCGGUCGAGCACGCGCUAGAGCGGAUGGAGCUGGUGCACUCCUCCAUGGAGAUGGUGCGUAUCGACCUGGAAGGCAGCGGGGCGGUGUCGCGGACGCCACUGUCGGCGGCGAACCUCGACUUCGGGGUGAUCCACCCGGGCUACCUGGGGCGGAGGAACCGGUACGCCUACCUCGGAGUGGGAGACCCCAUGCCGAAGAUAAGCGGGGUGGUGAAGCUCGACUUCGAAUCCGCCGGACACGGCGACUGCGUGGUGGCGCGGCGGCACUUCGGCCGGGGGUGCUUCGGAGGGGAGCCGGUUUUCGUGCCCAAAAGUGAAAGGGAAGAGGAGGAGGAGGACGAAGGGUACCUGGUGUCGUACGUGCACGAUGAGGUCCGCGCCGAGUCGAGGUUCGUGGUGAUGGACGCGCAGUCGCCGGAGCUGGACAUCGUGGCGGAAGUUCUGUUGCCCCGCCGGGUGCCCUACGGAUUCCACGGACUCUUCGUCUCCAAAGAAGAACUGCGAUCGCAACGCCAAUCGUAGAGAUCGCAAACCCCAAGGAGGGCCCUACAUGCGCCUCUGUGGACCCACCAGGGUCCCAAUUUACUCCUCAAUGUCAUAUAUAACAUGUUUAUUUUUAUUAUUGUGAAUAAAAAUGACUAUAUUUUAUAAGAUAA